AUGGACAUUUUGGGACCUUUCCCGCCAGCAAAAGGCCAAGUCAAGUUUCUUCUUGUGGCCGGUGACCACUUCACCAAAUGGAUCGAGGCGGAGGCAGUGGCUACCAUCACGGCUAACCACGUUCAAAAAUUCUUUUGGAAGAAUGUCAUUACUCGUUUUGGAAUCCCGUAUGCUUUGCUAACGGAUAAUGGUUUGCAAUUCACUGACCUCCGUUUCAACGAGUUUUUGACCGGGCUAGGAAUUAAACACAAAAUGACCUCGGUAGAGCACCCCCAAACCAAUGGGCCAGAGACUCUCUACCUCACUGAUGCUAGGCAUGAGAUUGGUAGCGUCGAGCAUGAGUUAGAGGAGAGCUCUCUAACUUGA